UUCGUUAACAGAUAAGCGAGAACAAUUGGAAUCUGCAUUGGCUAGCUGUAUGCUGAGCGGAAAGGGAAACAAAUGGGAUGUUAUAUUCGAUUGCCCAGCAGGUGUCUCGAUUCUGAGAGGCUCGUUUGAGACGAUGUACCCGUCAUUAUGCUUGGAUGCAGAUAUUAUCUCAGCUUGGGCGGCGGUCCUUAACAACGAGGAACGGUUAAGGGCACCUGGUACCCCCGCGAGGCUGUUUUGCAAUGCUGGAAUGUUGGUGGCAGGCGAUUUUGAAGGGACCGAUGAAUACAGAAGCUUGAUGUUCGGUAGCCGGAUGGAAACAAUACUAGGCCAAGCAGAUAGCACGGACAUCAGAAACUUCCAGAUGGUAUUCGUGCCGGUGCUGUAUAAUAAACACUAUAUUCUAGUAUUCUUCAAUCUAGCACAAUCACAAAUCUUGGUUAUCGACAAUAUCGUGGGUGAUGUCCCUAUCGACGUACGAUACAGCGGCUACAUAGAAAAAGUUGUCAAUGCAUUCUGCUCGUAUGUCAAAAACCACUCUCCUGCAGUUGCUAAAAAACUGCGAUCAACAUCACCAGUUAGUCUGAAGUUCCCGUGGCAAACAUUGUAUAACGGAACAGAUUGUGGAAUAUUCGUCAUGCGUCAUAUGGAGACUUUUAAAGGGACAAGUGUGCGCGAAUGGAACUGCGGGCUAUCACCAGAGCGGGACAUCACGGGGGAGGUGUUGAAACAACAAUCGAUAGAACUAUGUGACUUGCGAAUAAAGUACUUAUCAAAAAUCUUGUUAAGUGACAUCAACUCAAUGCGGUCUACAGUGGAGCAAGAAGUACAUGAGUAUGCAAAUAAGAGUCAACAUGAGAGACUGGAAAAUGCUAAGACUGCAAAGGAAAGGAUCGAGCUACGAUUGUCUGAAGAAUAGCAAAUAGUUCUGAAAUGUUUUGAUACACGUUAUAAUUAGACUGGUUUAAUUUUGUCUGGUGCAAACACUUUUAUUUAGAUAUUAGCCUGGUGUCAUGGUACAAACACUUUUG